UUGCUGCCUUCCCUGAACCUGAUCGUACCUUGUGUGCAUAUGAGGCAUCCGCCCGUCAUACCUCUACUCGGUGGCGGCGGCUGCGACGGCGACGGCCAACGGCGGUGCUGGCAUGGCAAAGAGCCGCAAGUCGGCCGAGGCGGCGACUUCCACGGCCCCUCCUCCUCCACCCCCUUCUUCCGCCGCGAAACCUAAGGCGAAGACGCGGCUUGAAAUCGAGGGGUACCCCGUGGAGGGCAUCUCCAUCGGCGGGCAAGAGACCUGCGUCAUCUUCCCGACGCUGAGCCUCGCCUUCGACAUCGGCCGGUGCCCGCAGCGCGCGGUGUCGCAGGACUUCCUCUUCAUCUCCCACGCCCACCUCGACCACAUCGGGGGCCUCCCCAUGUACGUGGCCACGCGGGGGCUCUACAGGCUGCGCCCGCCCACCAUCUUCGUCCCCAAGUACCUCAGGGAACUCGUCGAGCGGCUGUUCGACGUGCACCGCGCCAUGGACCAGUCCGAGCUCAAGCACACCCUCGUCCCGCUCGAGGUUGGUGAGGAGUAUGAGCUCAGGAGGGAUCUCAAGGUCAAGGCCUUCAAAACCUACCAUGUCAUACCCAGCCAGGGGUAUGUGAUAUACUCAGUGAAGCAAAAGCUCAAGCAGGAGUUUCUUGGCCUCCCAGGGAGCGAAAUCAAGAGGUUGAAGUUAUCAGAUGUGGAGAUUACUAAUACAGUGACGGUACCUGAGAUUGCUUUUACGGGAGAUACAAUGUCAGAUUUCAUUCUUGAUCCUGAUAAUGCGGAUGUGUUAAAGGCAAAAAUUCUUGUGGUAGAGAGUACCUUUCUUGAUGAUUCUGUUUCAGUUGAGCAUGCAAGAGAAUAUGGGCACACACACUUGUUUGAGAUUGCAAGUCAGUCUGAUAAACUUCAAAACAGAGCCAUUCUACUGAUUCACUUUUCAGCUCGUUAUACAACAGAGGAAAUUGAUGCAGCAAUAAGUAGAUUGCCACCGUCUUUUCGAAGCAGAGUUUAUGCACUGAAGGAAGGCAUCUAAAAAACAAUGAGAUGGUGAUCGGUGAACCUCUGUUUCUUCUUUUCCAUCUGAACAACCAGAGUUGCUGUGUUUCCACUGAAAAGUUUACUUCUACGGCAUUGUAGCAGUAUUCUUGAAAUCAUGUCCAUACAACUAAGUUGGUACCAACUUUUCCGUAAAAAAAAAAUUUGCCUGAAUGUUUAUGAGA